AUGACGGGAUUCCGAUCCGGAACCCGGAAAUUCCCGAUCCGGAACCCCGAAAUCCCGCUCCGGAACCCCAAAAAAUCGCGGAUUCCGCUCUGGAACCCCGAAAUUCCCGAUCCGGAACCCCGAAAUUCCCGAUCCGGAACCCCGAAAUCCCGCUCGGGAACCCCGAAAAUCUCAUUAGAAAAACCCCAAAAAUUGCGUCCUAUAUAUAGGGGAUUCCGCUCCGGAACCCCGAAAUUCCCGAUCCGGAACCCCGAAAUUCCGCUCCGGAACCCCGAAAAAUCGCAUCCUAUAUAUAGGGGAUUCCGAUCCGGAACCCCGAAAUUCCCGAUCCGGAACCCCGAAAUUCCCGAUCCGGAACCCCGAAAUUCCCGAUCCGGAACCCCGAAAUCCCGCUCGGGAACCCCGAAAAAUCGCAUCCUAUAUAUAGGGGAUUCCGCUCCGGAACCCCGAAAUUCCCGCUCCGGAACCCCGAAAUUCCGCUCCGGAACCCCAAAAAUCCCAUUAGAAAAACCCAAAAUUUGUGUCCUAUAUAUAGAGGAUUCCGCUCCGGAACCCCAAAAAUUCCGCUCUGGAACCCCGAAAUUCCCGAUCCGGAACCCCGAAAUCCCGCUCCGGAACCCCAAAAAUCGCGUCCUAUAUAUAGGGGAUUCCGCUCCGGAACCCCGAAAUUCCCGAUCCGGAACCCCGAAAUUCCGCUCCGGAACCCCAAAAAUUUCGUUAGAAAAACCCCAAAAAUCGCGUCCUAUAUAUAGGGGAUUCCGCUCCGGAACCCCGAAAUUCCCGAUCCGGAACCCCGAAAUUCCGCUCUGGAACCCCAAAAAUCUCGUUAGAAAAACCCAAAAUUUGCGUCCUAUAUAUAGGGGAUUCCGCUCCGGAACCCCGAAAUUCCCGAUCCGGAACCCCGAAAUCCCGCUCGGGAACCCCGAAAUCCCGCUCCGGAACCCCGAAAUUCCCGAUCCGGAACCCCGAAAAAUCGCGUCCUAUAUAUAAGGGAUUCCGCUCUGGAACCCCGAAAUUCCUGAUCUGGAACCCCAAAAUUUCGCUCUGGAACCCCAAAAAUCCCAUUAGAAAAACCCCAAAAUUCGCGUCCUAUAUAUAGAGGAUUCCGCUCCGGAACCCCAAAAAUUCCUGAUCUGGAACCCCGAAAUUCCGCUCUGGAACCCC